UCCAAUCUGUCCUCGAUGCCUUCAGCCUUGGCCAUCUUCACCUGCCGCCCCAACUCCCAUCCGUUUCAGGAGCGUCAUGUCUACCUGGAUGAGCCCGUCAAGAUCGGCCGCUCUGUGGCUCGCUGCAGGCCAGCUCAGAAUAAUGCGACUUUUGACUGUAAGGUGCUGUCCAGGAACCAUGCACUUGUCUGGUUUGAUCACAAGACAGGCAAGUUCUAUCUUCAAGACACUAAAAGUAGUAAUGGUACCUUUAUUAAUAGCCAGAGACUGAGUAGAGGGUCUGAGGAGAGCCCGCCAUGUGAGAUAAUGUCAGGUGACAUCAUCCAGUUUGGUGUAGAUGUGACGGAGAACACACGGAAAGUUACUCAUGGAUGUAUAGUCUCCACAAUCAAACUGUUUCUUCCAGAUGGAAUGGAAGCUCGAUUGCGAUCUGAUGUUAUCCAUGCUCCAUUACCAAGUCCUGUUGAUAAGGUUGCUGCUAACACACCCAGUAUGUAUUCUCAGGAAUUGUUUCAGCUUUCACAGUAUCUACAGGAAGCCUUACAUCGGGAACAAAUGUUGGAACAGAAGCUGGCAACCCUUCAGCGACUACUUGCUGUUACGCAAGAGGCUUCAGAUACUAGUUGGCAGGCUUUAAUAGAUGAAGACAGGCUGCUAUCAAGGCUAGAAGUUAUGGGUAAUCAGUUACAAGCAUGUUCAAAGAAUCAAACAGAAGACAGUAUACGAAAAGAGCUUAUAGCAUUACAAGAAGACAAACACAACUAUGAGACAACAGCCAAAGAGUCCCUGAGGCGGGUCCUACAGGAGAAAAUUGAAGUGGUCAGAAAGCUGUCUGAAGUGGAGCGGAGUUUAAGUAAUACAGAAGAUGAAUGUACUCACCUGAAAGAAAUGAAUGAGAGGACUCAGGAAGAAUUAAGAGAGUUAGCUAAUAAGUACAAUGGAGCUGUAAAUGAAAUUAAAGAUCUUUCUGACAAGCUAAAGGUUGCAGAAGGAAAACAAGAAGAAAUCCAACAGAAAGGACUGGCAGAGAAAAAGGAAUUACAACAUAAGAUAGAUGAAAUGGAAGAAAGAGAACAAGAGCUUCAAGCAAAAAUAGAAGCUUUGCAGGCUGAUAAUGACUUCACCAAUGAGCGGCUAACUGCUUUACAAGUACGGUUAGAACAUCUUCAGGAGAAAACUCUUAAAGAACACAGCAGCUUAGGCAUACAAGUUGAUGACUUCAUACCUAAAAUUAAUGGGAGCACACAAAAAGAGCACUUUCUUUCAAAGAGUGGAGGGGACUGCACUUUUAUUCAUCAGUUCAUAGAAUGUCAGAACAAGAUCAUAGAUGAAGGACAUCUAACCAAAGUGGAAGAAACAAAGCUUUUGAAAGAGAACCAAGCAAGAGUGAGAGAGUCAGAUUUGUCAGACACUCUUAGUCCGAGCAAGGAAAAAAGCAGCGACGACACUACAGUGUUUUUUUUCCCAGAUGCCCAAAUGGAUGACCAAGAUUUGAAUGAACCUAUUGCUAAAGUAGCUCUUCUGAAAGAUGAACUUCAGGGUGCACAAUCAGAGACUGAGGCUAAGCAAGAAAUUCAGCAGCUGCACAAGGAGCUGAUUGAAGCCCAAGAGCUAGCUAGAACAAGUAAACAAAAAUGCUUUGAACUUCAAGCACUAUUGGAAGAAGAGAGAAGAGCAUAUAGAGUGCAAGUUGAAGAAUCUAACAAGCAAAUAAAUGUUCUGCAAGCUCAGCUACGGAGGUUACAAGAAGAUAUUGAGAAUCUUCGUGAGGAGAAGGAGAGUGAAAUUUCUAGCACUCGAAAUGAACUAGUCAGUGCUCAAAAUGAAAUUCUGUCACUUCAACAAGUAGCAGAAAAGGCAGCAUCAGAACGAGACACAGAUAUUUCUGCUUUGCAAGAUGAACUACAAACUGUGCGAGCAGAAUUGGAGCGGUGGCGGAAGGAUGCCUCGAAUUAUGAAAAAGAAAUUGUCAGUCUACAAGCCAGUUUUCAGCUUAGAUGUCAGCAAUGUGAAGAGCAGCAUAAGGAGGAGGCUGCUCGUUUGAAAGGAGAACUUGAGAAGUUGAAGGCAGAGUGGACUGCUCUGGAAGCUGAAUGUGUUACGCUAAGGAAGGAAAACACUUCACUUGCAUCUGAGCUUCAGCAACAAGAGAAGGAGCUUUCUAGCUCUCAGAAGCAGAGUUUAGCUCUAACCAGCAAUAUAAGUGUUCUUGAAAUGUCUCGAAAAGAACUUGAAGAUCAGAUGGGAUCUUUGAGAGAAAAACAUCAGCAGGACGCAGCCAGUCUAAAAAGCCAACUCAGUGAAGCUGAGAGUCAAGCAAAGGAUGUUCAGAAAGAGUAUGAAAGAACACAGACAGUGCUCUCAGAACUGAAAGCGAAGUAUGAGAUGGCUGAACAAGAAAAACAGUCAAUCACAGAAGAGCUUAAACAGUGUAAAGAGAACCUGAAGCUGCUGCAAGAAAAAGGAAACAACAACUGCUCCUGGAAAGCAGAAACAAACCCUAGUAAUUGCUCUAUGCCCCGGGAGUCCUUAACAGAGCAUCUGCAGACAUGACAGGACCACGGCUGCUCCGGGAUCACUGCAGUGUUCAGCAAUGGCAGAGAUCAGUUCAUGCAUUGCUCUUUCAGUGCUGUGUGUGUGCUCGGUGCCGUGGCGUUGCAAAGAAGAUGACUUUGUUUUCCUGCUGCAAGGAGGGUGAAAUCUUAACAUCCCGAACGUACGGAAGGAGAGUUUUCUCUGACUGUCCAAACUGGCGUACAAUGUAAGCUGGGGGGGAGGGGAGGCUGUGUGCAUGCUCGGUGUUAGAGAACAAGCUAGUUGUGCUUCGUAUAACGGCAAUACUUUCCAGUUGCAGCUCUCCUGCGCGGAAGUUUAAUCUCCCUCAUAUGGACACAGGGAGAGCAAUGAGAACUACAUCACUUUCAACGUAGCCAGUUUUCUAGGAAUGAGAAAAGUAUGUGUUAAGUGUGUGUUUUUGGUCACUUUUGCACUUUUUUUUCCCCUAUGUUUCCAUUUAUACCCCACUGAGUUCCUAUGCUCCUACCUGGUAAGAAAAUUAAUGUGGUUGCUAAGCUCUAAGAGGGAAGGGACUGCUUCCUUAGGUCUGAUCUGAGCAAUAUUAACUUUAUUAAUGUAAAUAAUGACGUCAUCAUUGCAGCAUGGGAAUCUUACACAGUUCUGGGAGAACAAAUGUUAAGAAGGACGUCCUCAUGAGGCAUGUGAUUCAUCUUCACAUGUGCAUGUUGGAGAGAUGCUGUGUCCCGAGCCAGAUCAGCUCUGGUCAUCGACUUGUAAUUUAUUAGCAAAACCAUUCCCUUUAUUUUUCAUUUUUUUAUUUUAUUAUUUUUUUUCCAACCACGUGCAAACUGGUGCUUGCAGCCUGCUGGGAAGUGCUGGGCAAAGCACAGCUCUGUUGUCUUUUUCAGCCUUCUUCCAGAAAUCUGUUUUUGCACUCCUCCAGAAGCCUUUUGUAAAUGAUGCCUGAACCAUAAAGCCCCAGUAACCGCUGUCUGCCUGCAGUGAUUCAGUGUUAGUCAUUCGGAGCAGUGCUGCUCGGGGCUCUGAUGAGCUGUUGGGGAAGCACUUGGUUUCCUACUGGAGAAAAGUCUGCUGAUGUCUAUUAGGAAAUAUCACUGCAUUCAGGUUUAGUCUCUUCUGCGUAGCUCAGAGUGUAGGAAAUAUGCAUCCUUUCUGGCCAGAGCUUGAAAAGCAAAAUGAUACGCUGGCUGUAACUGCUGCCAGGGGUGAACAUCUGCUCUACAGCUUGUCAUUCAAUUUCUAAAGCUCUCCGAUCCUUCUGUCUGCUGGAGAGAGAAAGCCCUGUUUUCUCCUCACCUGGAUUUCCUGUGCCAGAAGGAGCACGUAUCUAGUGAAUUGUCACAAGAAAUAUGGGUAAUUCUCAUUUCCCAGUGCCUGCCUCUGUGCCUGGAUGAGCAUCACGGAAUCACAGAAUGGUUUAAGUUGGAAGGAACCCUUAAAGGCCAUCUGGUCCCACUGCCUGCAAUGAACAGGGCCACCUACAGCUCCAUCAGGUGCUCAGAGCCCAUCCAGCCUGACGCUGAAUCAACAAGCAGCUUCACUUGUCCUGCCUGUGGAUGGACAGAACAUUGUAUUGAUGUUGCCACUUCUCUCUGCCUUUAAGCCAGCUCUGGCUCGCUCGCUUUUGGGUUGGAUUCUUGAUUUCUGUCAUCUGGUUGUUGCCUUUUCCUUGCUGCAGCCCAGCUGAGCCAUCAGCUGAGUGGGGAAAUGCUGACGGGCUGACCCAUGAGCCUGGCACCUGGCCCUGCCAAGGGUUGGGAGCAGGACACAGGUUUGCUUUUUAUCAUUUCUGCCAUGUUUCCCUGGCUCUGAUAUCCAAGUUUUAGGCUGAAAUCUGAGGAACAACAUAUGUAAGGAGAUUUUGACUAGUUUUGGAGGGCCUGGCCUCAUUGGCUUAAUGUUUUGGGUGCCACCUUUGUGCAAAGGUGCUCAGAAGCACCUUGAGAUGCCAUUUACCUAGAAAACUUGCUGUGCCUGUCGCGUUAGGGACGCACGCUUCUCUGCUCUUCCAGAGAUCCUGGUUAGCCAUCUGGAAAUCUCAUCCUGUGAUUGCUCCAGAAUCUGGAAGACCUUUUUUAACUACUAAUCCCAGAAACAGAUUUUCCCUUCAUCCUGUCUGUCAACACAGCCUUUAACUUAUUUUUAUGGGCUUCAGCACAUAUUUGAUGCAUCACUGCCUUAGGAUAUGGGCUACGUGUUCCGGACCCCUUCAGUGGUCAUGAUAUCUACAUAUAGCACUUUCUAGAGAAGCUCUAAUUGAGUGGGCAUUUAGUAGGAUCUUCUGUGUGCCCUUCAAAACACAUCUUUUUGCACACCUAGAACAGGAAUCAGCGUUGCUUAGAGUAUUAUGAGUGUGAAAUCCUAGGAAAUUUUUUUUUGCAUUGCAUUUUAUUUUGCUUCUGCAGAAUUGAGCAAUGUUUUCAUUGUGAUAUGAUGAUAAUUGUAUUAAAAUGUACAGGAGUGUGCCUUGCACUACCAGCUCCUUCCACCCAUCAUCGCACGCUUGAAGAGCAUCACAUACAGACACCCUCUGCCAGCUAGGAGCAAAAUGAGGAGAAAGCUGCUGCCUGCUCUUUCUUCUUAAGGAAGAAGUCAGAUGUAGCAACAUUUCUUGAAAGCUCUAAAUAUAUUCUUAUGGGCCCUGCAAGGCCCAGCAGGAUAUAAAGCCACCAGUUCCAGUUCUCAUUUUUGCCAGAACUUCAAAGCGUUUCCUUUUAUGCAGUAAUCUUAGAAGUAGUCCAAGGAAACACGCACACGAUUACUUAGAUAUUCCAGUUAUGCCACCAACAUGGAAACCUAGAUGAUGAUAUUUUCCACAGGCAAAGCUUCCCUUGUAAGUUCAAGGCAGUAAUCUUCUGCCUGCUUGUAGGGAAGAUGCAGCCGCCAUGGUCUGAGCAGUGGCUGCUGCGUCCUUGUUGGUGAGCCGGGAGUGACGGCUGCGAUGCACUGAGCAGCGGGGCCAUGGCACAGCCACCAAAGUGCUUUUCUGUUUAGGGUCUGAGUGGUUUUUAAUCAUAGUCAGAGCCUUCUGAGAGAGAAGCUUUGUGUUGACUCCCUGUUUGAGUUGGAAGGGACCCUUAAAGGCCAUCUGGCCCAACACCCCUGCAGUGAACAGAGACACCCACAGCUCCAUCAGCAGCUCAGAGCUGGUCCAGCCUGACCUUGCUGUCUCCAGAGAUCCUCUCUGGGCAGCCUGUGCCGGUGCCUCACCACCUGAUUUUAAACUUCCUCCUUAUUUCCAGUCUUUCUUGUAUCCAGUCUCCCCUCUGUUAGCUUGAAUCUGUUUCCCCUUGUCCUCUCACAACAGACCCUGCUAAAGAGUCUGUCCCUUCUUUCUUACAGCUCCCUCUGGUUUCUGACAGGCUGCUCUCAGGUCUCUUUGGAGCCUUCUCUCUGGGCAGAACAGCCCCAGCUCUCAGCCUGUCCUUGUAGGGAGGUGUUCCAUCCCUUGGAGCAUUUCUGUGGCCCUUUUCUGGACGUGCUCCAACAGAUCCAUGUCUCUCCUGUACCGAGAACUCCAAAUGUUAACUGAAAGCUCAUGUAAUAACUAAGAAAAAUUAGUUUGGGCAAGGCAUGUUUCCAUCCCAGAGACUUAAUCUCUUCUUGAAAAUGUUCAAAGCUGUAGUUCAUCAACUUCUGCCAAUAUGGCUACGUCAUUCAGCAAUGAGUUUAUUUGGUUUGCAAGGCUAUUGCACAGGCUUGUUUUGUGCUUGCUCACUGGGCCGUGGCUGCUCUGCUCCAGAGGUUAUAACUAUAUCAUACAAAUGUACAACGAGAUGGGCAUGUUAUGUUUAUUACUAUUACGGUGUUGUUUGGGUAAGUGCAGCUAAGCAGGCCGAGCCUGAGGUCCUUUUCUGCUGGAACGACCUCAUGGUAGCACUUGACCCGGCAGCCCAGGCCAGGUGGGUUUGUCCCGUGGUGCUGCAGCAGAUGCUGCAGGUCCUGGUCAGAAGGAAUUCCUGGAACGCUGAACAGCAGCCACAAGGGUCAGCAGAGAAACAUCAUCCCAUCGUGCUUGAAGUGUUUUCAAGGACUACAGGAAGCGUGGUCAGAAAUGAGGAGAUCAUUCGAGGAUCGUUUAGAUGUAGAGAAUUCCUCCUGGUUAAGCAAAUAUCCUGCUGAGUUUCUCCUGGAACAGAAUUCCAUGUCUAACUUUGUAUACUUUCCAGAUUAUUAGGGAUGGGAUACUAGAGAAACUUCUAUUUCUCCAAGCUGAGUCUGUGCUGGGGCCUAAACUCCUUUCCCGGUUGGAAAAUUUGCAGUUAAGAAAAUGAAAUAGGUUUUUAUGAGCAAUGUUUAGUUCAAGCGUUUGGCUGAUUCUGCUGCUGCAAGCUUUAAGGUCAAAGUUUGAUUUGUUGACGUGUGGUAGCUUGAGAACUGGAGUGAAAGGGAUGAGGAGGGGAAGUAGUCCCAAAGGUCUCUAUUUUCUUGUCCACCAAUACUUUUUUCCUACCCAUCAAAUGUACGUUCGACCUAUGUUUCUAAAUCAAGCGAUACAGAGAGAAACAUAUUCCUGCAGGUUUUCCUGCCUUCUUUUUCUGCCCAUUGUCAUCAGUUCUGCCAUGGGUGUGUUCGCUUCUGCUCCUUCAGGAAGGGAACCCGAUCUUCCCAUAUUUGGAGACGUGUUCUGUGCACGGCGCUGUGGUACAGAUGCCGUGAACUUAUACAUAUAUUCCGUUAGCUUAGAGAAUGGAAAAUGGGUGUCUUGUUAUUCUUAUUACUCAUUAGAAAUAAUUCUAAAGCAAGCGCCCUGCUCCCCGUGGGAUGUUGUGCAGUGAGGCAGGCGUCGCGGGAAGCCGUAGCCGGUACCCUGCUUUUGUUGCUGUGUGUCGGAGUGUUUGCAUAGGUGUGUGUUUGUCCAGGGUUCCCACUGGGAUUACUUUAGGGAUCCAUCUGUAAUCUUUUCUCCCCCUCGCUCUGUCUCUCCUCGUUAUCUCCCCAUUGCUGUGUGAUCCUCCAAAAAGCCCUGCCCUCCCCCAUGUUGGUGCUUCCACUGCUAUUUCCUAGAGACACACUCAUGGAAUCAUUGAAUCAUUUGAGAUGGAAAGGAGCCCUGGCGGCCGUCCUGGUCCCACUGCCCUACAAUGAACAGGGACACCCACAGCUCCAUCAGGUGCUCAGAGCCUAACCAGCAUGACCUUGGCUGUCUGCAGGGACUGGGCACCCACCACCUCUCUGGGCAACAUGCAGUCAUCAAUCCAUCGCUUACAGCACCCCAUAAUAUCUUGAGUGACGAUUCUGAGCACUUCUCCUGGCUGUGUUCACAAAGCAGCUGCAAAACAAGAGGCCAGCAGAGGAGGCAGGUCCACGUCCCGCCCUAGCUCUGCUACUGCAGAGCUGUGAUUGAUUUACUGCUUCCAUAAACGUGGCACUGCCAAACCCGGUGAUUUACCUGGGGCCACCCAUGGUUACACACACACACACACAAAAAAAGAAAAAAAAGGAAAAAAAGCUCAUCCUUGGAGGAAAGGAUGAGUUGUCUUCUUUUUAUCUUUCGGUGUGCGGUAGUUUGGGAGUAAUUAUGAUGCUCAAAAGACGGCUGCUCUUUCCUGCUUGUGAAAAAUGGAGAUGAGAAUAAUGGGAGCUGAGUGCAGGCAGCCCCUGCUGCCCAGUGAGGAGAGGAAGGUGUUUGGUGUCCGCCUUGGGGCAGGAUGUUGGCAGCUGGAGUUCUCCAGUGGGCUGAGUAGGGAGACAAAUAUUUUCUGCAGGGAAAACAGUGGGCUUGGCCACACAGAGCACCUCAUCAUUUUCCUCCCGGUUUUUACCAUGUACUUCAUGCUUUGCUCUGUAAAGCACUGUGAUAUAGUUUGUAUACAUUCUGUAAAAUAAGUUGUAUUCUAUUCUAUUGCAGAAAUAUGGAUAUAAAAUAAA